AUGAUGAUUGGCUGCAGGACUUCCUAUAUCGUUUGCUGUCUGUUUUCUGCCGUCUUAAUACUUCCCACUUUCACAGAAGAACAUGUACACCCCAACGUGCAAGAGGAUCACCACGCCGGCACUCGCUUCGACAAGAAUGUGAUCCAGGAUAAGGACCACAUCAUGGAGCAUUUAGAUGGAGUUGUAAACAAGCCAGAGUCGGAGAUGUCCCCGCAGGAGCUGCAGCUCCAUUACUUCAAGAUGCACGAUUAUGAUGGUAACAAUUUAUUGGAUGGCCUGGAGCUAGCAACCGCAAUCUCCCAUGUCCACAGAUCGGGGAGCGCGGAGCACGCCCAGGCGAUAGAUGAGCAAGAGAUGUGCACCCUAGUGGAUGAUGUUCUCAAAGAAGACGAUUUGAACAACGACGGAUACAUUGACUAUGCAGAAUUUGCAAAAUCAUUAGAAUAA